CACUUCCGGAAAAAUGGAAAGUCCCUUGAAUUUGGCUCAUUUAGAAAGACGUAAAGCUGAAUCCAACAUCAACAAGGGAAGAUAUGAUCUUGCAAUAGCCUGUCACAAGAAGGCAGCAGAGUUUUUAGAGCUAGCGUUGAAGACAACAUCAGAUAAUAAAGCCAGAGAGUCAAUAGAACUCCAGUGUGAUCAUCAUUGUCGCCAACAACAAUUACUUCGCGAUAAAUCAAAUAGACUCAAAAUGGCUGAAAGAUUGAACCAAAUGAAGAGAAAUGCAAGCGAUAAUACAAUACACCCAAAAGACAGUGUAGAUGAGUCAAAUGAUGAAACAGAUGGUGUAACAUAUAAUCAAUAUAUUUAUAAGGAUCUCGAGGAGACAGAUUCCUUAUUGCAAUUUUUGCAAACACGUGCCUUGGCGCAAGCUCAGGGAGAUCGCUUACCAUCAAUUGAAACACAUACCAAAAGAACAAAAGAUGAAAUCAUUCAGUCGGCUGUUAAAUCACCAAAAACUGAAAGUGAAAUAAUCGAGGAGCUGCAUAUAAAUAAUCAAUCCUUAAGGGGUCAGGUCUUGGAACUUUUAAAAGAGCUUGAAGAGAAGGACAAAGAAGUGACACGUUUACAAAAUGAGAAUUCUGCACUGAGGAAAAGGACCAAUGACAAAGAGGAUAAAGAUUCUGACUCUGAAAAAGAAAAUUUUUAUUCCAUGCCGCUCAAUUUGGACGAUUUACCCUCCCUCCCUGAGUUACCACCAUUAGAGAUGCCAACUUUUGAUUUUGAUACAGUCAGUGCAUCACCAUAGCCCCUUAGGCGCAUUAAUUUCAAAAAUGCUUGUUUCCUUAAAGCCAAGAGACAUUUCCAAUUACAACAGGUACACAUCUAGAUUAUACUAUGAGCUAACAGCUCACAGCAAGGAGCGGUACAAUACCCGGGAAUUUUUCGAUCAGUUCAUUUCUAUUAUAGUACGCCCUCUUUAGGCAGUGAGUGCUUUGCUUACCAGUAUAAUAAAAAUUGGAUUAUAACAUUUAUGUGUGCGCGCGCAGCUCAUCCACUGAACGAAAAGAAACUUCCCGCUGAAAUUACCGGGUAUUGAUUUUUCCCUUGCUCACAGUAUAAUCAUGGCAUGUAUUUUACCUACACUCAUAUAUUACCAUGUACAAAUCCACUGGGGGAAUUCUAAAAA